UCAGCCCGCCAGGUGCCUCUUUCUUGACCCUAAAUUCGACUGCAACAAGCUCUAUCUCAAUUAUGCCUGGAACUUUGACUGUUUUACCUUUCCCAGGUUCUAAUCUCUAUGAUUAUGAAGCCUUGUCUAGGAGCAUGCAACCUGAAACAUUGCCUUACACAAUGAUGGAUAUUGACAUAUAUUGCUAUAAUGACAGUAUCACGGGAAGUUCAAUGGUGGAGUGUGGAGAAGAAAAAGGUGGUGAUUGUUGGCAGAGGAGUUGGAGGCUCUCUCUUGGCAUAUACCCUCAGAACUAUAGUGAUGUUUUCCUCAUUGAUUCGAAGGAGUAUUUUGAGAUUUCAUGAGCAUGAUUAAGAUCAAUGGUUGAGCUGUCAUUUGGAACAAGAACAGUGAUUAAUCACUGUUAGAAUAUUAUUUUAUUGUGUUCAAAUUAAUUGUAAUUUAAUUAAUGAGUCUUUGUAUUUUAAUUAGAUUAGGUGAGAGAGAAUUAGGCCUAUUUAAUCUGGCUCUAAUAAGCCCACACGCCUAAGCUGUUUGUUUCCUAAUUAGAAUAGGCAGUUCGGAUAUCUCUCCUAUAAAUAUAGGUUGAGAUGGCCGAAUCUGGUCUACAAGUCUCUACACAUUCUAUUCCGCAUAUUAUUCUCUGUAGAGUCGGUAGACUAGAAUUUCUCUCUCAAGCUUAAUCGUUCGAGUACUGUGUAAUUGUUCUUCAUGGAUACAUCAUUCUAUAUACACGGUAUACCUUAUUGAUGAAA